CCUUGCUCGAUACAAAGUUUGUUGAUUUUGUUUAGUUUAUGACAGUCUGAACUGAAAAAGUCAUUUAAUAAAAUGGAUUUUAAAAAAUUAUUACGCGACGAAGACCAUCAAAAUUAUUGUUGCAUAUAUCGUGGUUUGGCUUAUGUCGGGCAAAACCUUGAGCCAUACACGAAAAAUGGGAUUACUCGCAUUCAUCAAAAGAUCUACAGGAAACUGGCAAGUCAUGGAGACUGCACUACGCAAUGCAGCAAGUCAUUUGGAGCAGACUUUUCAAGAUGGUGUGAUACAUGCACAAGCUGGAGAAAAAAUCUUCUUGCAGAAUUAAGAAGCUCUAAAAGGAAGUCUGAUAUAAAAUGGGAUGACGUUAAGUCUUGGGAAUGGCCUAAGUCGUAUGAAAGUAUAGCAGAUUUAUUUUUACCAUGGUCGAUGCCUUCUGUCCAGUUCCAAGAUAUUGCUUCGCAAUGUCACAUUUGGGUGUCGUGUUCUGAAUUUGACAUACAAAAUCACGUAACCAAAAGGUUAAAGAAAUUCAGGAACACAUAUUUUGGACACAACCCAUCUCUUCGUGCUACAGAGUUAGAAAAAUCGAAUGUAUUUGAUAUGUUGAGAGAUUUGAUUAAAGAUCCUGAUGUGAAACAGGAUCUUAAUGUCAACAAGUGUCUAAACGAGCUUCAACAAUUAGAAAAUAUGGAUGACCUUUCAGCUACAGUAUCUGAAAUCCACCAGAGUCUUACCGAGAACAGCACUAAGAUAGAAAUCAUAGACAGGGAACUUAAAAAGAUAGAAUAUUCACAACAAUUGGCUCAAGAUGAUCUUUUUCAGACCCAGCUUGAAUUAAGAAACGAAGUUAACCAUUGUCAUCAACUUUUGAUAAAAUCAUGCGAGAAUGCUCGAAGGAAAAAGCAAGAAAACAGCAGGAAUGUAACGGGCAUCAUAGUAAUACCAUUUAUUCUUGCCAUCUUUUCCAUCCUGAUUUAUAAAUUAUUUAAAGGCGAGAACAGAGGCUAUUUCAAGGUGGAAGAAUCCCUUUCUGGUUGUUUAUCGGAAACGUAUUCGUAUCCAUUUAUGCAAGACCUACCUUUAGUGGGAUAUUUAAGCGAACAUAAAAAACUAACUGGAAGACAAUGGUUAAUAGAAGAUCUAGAAAGUACACUUGUACUGCCUGGCAACACUGAAAAUGGAAUCGUUCUUGUGGCAGAAAUGGGAUUUGGAAAAUCGGCAAUUAUAUCGCAUUUAUUGUGUUGUAAGAAAGGUGAAGUCGGACAUAAAGUUAGAAAUCACAUUGUUGCAUUCCACGUCUGUAAAUAUGACGUUGAAGCAACUCAAAAUGUUGAAAGAUUUAUAAGGAGACUUACAGCGCUGUUAGCAUCUCAUAGUGAAGAGUAUGGUAAUAUUAUAUCAAUGUUGCCAAGUUCUUCUAUCAUAUACGACAGAAAGGCGUGCGAGGAAGAAAUGAUAGCUUGUUUUGACCAAGGUAUAACUUUUCCUUUAAAGAAAUUAUCUACUGACAACAUAUUUCCAUGGAUUAUACUUCUUGACGGCCUGGAUGAAUGCUUUUAUUCGCCUUUAAGGAGAAAUUUUAUUCUAGAACUCCUGACAAAGAGAAUGAAACAUAUGCCUUAUUGGAUAAAAUUUAUCAUAACGUCACGAAAUAUGACAUCAUUAAGUUCAUUAAAGAAAUUAAAAAUGAUAUAUUUGCAGUCAAAUGACCCACGAAAUGUAAAGGAUAUUCACGAAUAUAUGAAGGACACGUUAGCUGAACAUACACAUUUGUCAGAAACUUUAGAUUUAUAUCUUCACAACAAUUUAAACUUUCUGUAUAUCACUCAUGCACUACAAUAUAUCAGAGCAAAAGACAAUGAUGAUGCUAUAACAAGCUUGCCAUUGACACUUGGAGAUAUUCUUGAAGACAAUUUCGAUAGAUAUUUUAGCGUAUAUGAGGACUUCAUUGAUUCAAAGGUAAUCUUAGAAAUCAUAUGUGCCUCUUUCCGGCCUUUAGAUACAAACGAAUUACUUGACGUUAUACGAGCUAAUAAUAAGUUUGACGCCGACACGUUCCGGUAUGCUAUUGAUAAACUCCCUUUCAUCCUGAGGUUCGAAAAACAUGUAACACUUCCCCAUCAAGCAGUAUAUUAUUGGCUUAUAGAUCAUAACAAUACAAAAUAUCGUAUAUCUAUUGAAUCAGGACACAGCUAUAUCGCUAGAUACAUGUUUUCUAAGUUCAGUCAAGAUCAAAAUUAUUCUGAAGACAUUAUAGAUUUUAUCAUUCACAUUAGCGAAUCAGGGGAUAUACGUUUAAGGAAAGAAUUUGCGAAUUUUGUUUUCAGCCACACAGCUGGUGUAAAAAUGAAAUUUUUAUUACAUCGUCUUAUUUGGAAAACUUCAUCAGUUGAAGCACUGGCAUUGUUACUUAACCACAUAUCUGAUAUUGAAGAACUAAACGAGGGUGGAGUAAAUGCAGCAUUUGUCGCAGCUGCAAGAGGUAACCUAGACCAGCUGAAAAUGUUACACAAUAAAGGAGCAAAUAUAAACUUUAUUUUGUCUGGACAUUUUGUGAUUUCCAAUUGCAACGUAUCGUAUAAAAUUAACUUUAUAAAACAGAAGUUAUACUUAGGAUACGGACUAAUUCACAUAGCUGCACAACACGGUCAUGAAAAUAUAGUCAAUUAUCUAAUUGAACAAAAUGUGACCACGAUUCACUUAAAGAAUGUUCUUGGUUUGAGGGCGAGUGAUAUUGCUUGUGAAAACGGACAUAUAAAUGUUAUUUUGAAAAUAAAGAAAUGGUCACCUUCAAUAUUAGAUAACAAAUGCUUGUACUACGCCUCAAAAUGGAACCAUAUAGCUAUUGUUCAGUUGCUGAUAGAAAAUGGAGUACGGUUGGAAUGCAUAUCUGAUGAGCAGGUAAAUGAAUCUCUCAGAGAGGUUGCUAGUAUUUCAGAUAAAAAUAUGACUUCUGUAGAUGACUACGUGUUUAAACUACACCGCUAUUGUCAUAAUGUGGAUGUGGAAGUAUAUCCGUUGGAUGUGUGGUGGGUUAUCAUGCAAGAAAAUCCUCUUUUUGCCGCAAUAAAAAUGAGUUCCCUGGAUGUUGCAAAAUUACUGAUUAAAACGUUCCCCGAUACGUUGUACUGCGUCGAUUCAUUUGGGUAUACUGCAUCUUUGUCGUCUGUUUUCUUCGGCCAAACUAGUCUAUUGCCAUGGUUAUCUGGACACCUUGUUAAAGAUACGUGUAAACCUGCAAUAAGUCUUUCGAAAAGAUCUAAAGUGGUUCUUUCUUCUAAUGAAUAUACUUAUGCCAGUGGGUGUCCUCUAGGAGCUUCAUUUGCACAUUUAGUAGCAAUUCACAGUCAAAAUGAGCUCCUGAAAUUUACAUUGGACAACAGAUUGUUUGUAAACUGGACAGCUACCGAUGUAAGAGGAAAUCACCCAGAACAUUAUGCUGCAAGCAACGACAACAUGCUAUAUCUUUCAUUCAGCAAGGAACGUUUAAAUCAUGAUAUCUCAAAGCUAAAGACGAAUAAUGGUUCAACAAUUUUCCAUCUUGUAUCUCUUACGUCGUCUUAUUUCAGUUUUAAAUAUUUAACCGACGGAUAUUUUAGCAAUGUUCCAGAUUUAAAGGAUGAAUACGAACUAGGAAUGUUACAUUACUUAGUUCUACGCGUACAUUUUAAAGAAGCGGAAAAUAUGGAGACUGAAGAAACGUUGCAUUUAAUUACUCUUUACAUGUUUCAAAAGCUUGUAGAAUAUUAUAACCAUGAUAUCAAUCACGUUGAUACUUUUGGAAGAAAUAUUCUUCAUUAUGCAUUACGUUUCGGACACUACAGAAUUGUUCACUACCUAUAUACAAAACAUAUAACACUUUUUCAUCAGCUGCUCUCAAAAAAGGAUAAAAAUAGCAUAUACCCAUUUUCUUUCGCAAUCCUUCUUAACCAGAGAGUUGAAAAAGACAACGAAAACGGCUAUUAUAGCGACUCUACAUUUACAGUGCCUUCUGAACGAAUAUAUCAAAUAUAUGCCAAAUGCCUCAAGAACCACGAAUGCAAGAGAUUGAUGACACCUUGGGAAUUGUCUCUUUUAUAUGUAAUCCAAAAUUUAAAUUCCACGGAAUUUAUUUUAUACAUUGAGCCACAUUUAAGUGAAAUAAUUGAUAAAAGCCUUCACUUGACAAAAGCUGUCAUGAUUUACGAUAGAACGUUAAGUGAUGCUCAUUUGGCGCGUCAUUUAGUUAAAGUUUUGACUAUCAAACAAAUACCACGAAAGCAUACACUGAAAACAAUUGUGUUAUACAGGCCACAUGCUUUUUACAUGUGCGGGACAUCAAUAUCACCGAUGCAUCACGUGGCAAAAAGAGGUGGCAUCGGUUUACUUGACAUGUUGGUAUACCAGCUUUACAUUUCUGUUGCAUACAAUUCAGCUUUCUUAAACUGUUCCGAUUCAAAUGGACUGAACAUAAUUCAUAAAGCACUGCUCGCAGGAAAUAUCCGGUCUGCUGAAAAACUUCUAUUCUAUAAUAUGGAAGUUCUAAAUGAUUACAUCGGUUUAAAUGAUAUAGUAUUUAUGGCCUUUUCAAAGCCAGUUUUAAAUGGGGAAUAUUUGUUACAGUGGGAAAAGGGGCCUGAAGAUGCUGAAGUUAUUGACAACUUUUUAUCAGAAUUUCUCAGAAGAAAUAAACAUUCCAUUGAAAUAUUUCAAGUGUGUUGUCGAUAUUGUAAAUCGAUAUCGGGGAUACACAUGUCGGCUGCAUACAAUCUCGGUAAAACAACUGAAACCAUGGUAAAUUUAUAUGGGAAGCAUGUUUUAAAUUGUGUAAACAAGGACGGUUUCACGCCGUUUUAUUUCGCCAAAAUAUUUGAAAAUAACAAAUUUAUAUCCUCAUAUGGUGGGAGUCUAAAAUUAAAGAUCCCAGAACGACAUGCAGAGCUGCAUUUAUUAAUCAGUUUUCUUGCUAAAUUUCCAAAUGAAGGGAUGCCAAAUAUAUGUAAACGCCCCAAUUCGCUUAUACCAGGAAUGAACAUAUUCAAAUACGUAAGAUUAAGACAUGUAGUGAACUGUUAUGAAAAUCUGAUAUUUUACAUAGGAUUAGAAAGAAACAGUUUGUUUUAUUGUAAAAUUCAUAAAACGCAUCUUUUAUACUCUAUUCCAAUAAUCAACACUAUUGUUAAAAUAACACAUUCGUUACAAAGCAGCACUAGACAUCAUUAUACAUGUCAUCAGGGCAAAUCUAUAUUCGCCGUAUUUCGGGCACUGUGUGAAACGCUGAGGAGGUUAAAAAAUUCUUAUAUCUUUCUUGAAAAUACUUCAUCUAUAGAAUAUUAUAAAUACUGGCCUUUAAUUACAAGGCAUUUAGAUAGAACCAUAAAUAGGUGUCAAGGAUGUGAAGAUGGAUAUACUUGCAAAGACAAUGACUCCAACAUAAGGUUGGAAUUAACACAUUUCCUUGCAUCAGCAAAGAAUAUCAUUCUGCUGACUUUUAGGAACUUACGUCUUGUUCUGUUACAUUGCCGGGUUCAGGUUGCUCAAAAGCAUCUUAACUUCAUUGGUAACCAGCUUCAAUUUUUACGAAAUAGACUACCUACAUCAGAUAAUUUUGAACGAGAAUGUAUUAAAGCUUCAGCAGAUAGUAAUUUUCAUCAUUACAUGGCAGUCCUUAAAAAUGCACCGGCUUACAAAGAUAUUCAGAAGAAAAUAGAUGAUGACAUAACAAACGAGCUUUUAGGAAUACAAACUAGUAUUUCAAUAGGUCCAUCAAUACAUUACAAAUCAAUACAACCGCCAUUCAGUGAUCUCGAAACCGAUUAAACAAAUUGUUUAAAAUUGUACAAAAGACCAUUUGAAUUUAAUUCCUUGAGUUACCUAACGGAACCAUGAGGAAUCAGUAAUCACCUUAGUGUGAUCGAAUUAUUUCAGAAAUCAUAUUGAUGCGAUACUGUACUUCUGUACCAGUACAUAUUUAUAUACUAAGUAUUUAUCAAGACGGCGUACAUCGAUUCAUUAGACUAAGGGUAAAAUAAUAUUGUCACGUAUAUAAGCAGCAAGAUAAAUCGAAUCCCUGAAAUCAUUCCGUUGCAAAAUGUGAACAUAUUUUAUUUUUCCUGAAUAAAUAAUAUUUUAUACUGAAAUAUAUAUACAUGAUAAUGGAAUUUAUACUGAUAUACAUAAUGGAUUUCGAAUUAAUACUAAAUAUUACCAUUGACUGUAUUCUAUGUUUGAUCAAAAAGUGAUUAGUGACCACAAAAAAUUGACUAUGAAAAAGUCCUUAAAAUUAGUGUUUUCCGAACGGUACAGACUACAGAACAAAACUCAUACAAGUUAACUGACUGGUUGAGAUAUAAAAAAAGCAUUACGUUAUUAGUAAUGCCAAGCUAUAUAACAUUCGGGCCUUUAUUGAUAAGUGCUCCCAGACAAUGGAAAGCUCUCCAAGUUAAGAUAAGGAAUUCCUAUACACUGACCGCUUUUCAUAAAAUCUCUUUAUGUCUGCCGAUUACUGGUUGUGAGUUUUUUCUCUGUUUGAUUUAAAGAGAUACAAAAACACGAUUCAACUGAAGUGAAAACAAUCGACCAAAUUAAAUGAUAUGCAUAAUAGUAUAACGAGAUAUACAACAUAUCAAUUGUAAUGAUUAUCAAUAUAAUAUGCAAAGUUCAUACAAAUCAAAAUUCUGCAUUUAACUGUGACUAUUAUGCAUGUUAUCAUACAUUAAAUGUUGGUUAUUUCUAAUCUGCCAUAUAUUGCAAAUUGCAAUAUGCCCCAGUGACCGCUUUUAUUAAAAUCCAUUUUGUGUAAUAAUUUGCAAAUUUUAUUUCAUAUUUGGCUUAAAGCAUAAUUUGUUUUGUUUUGUGAUUAAUUACUUCUUAUCUGAAUGUCUUUAAAUUCAAUUUGCAUUUUAUUGGUUUGUAAGUUUUCUUGUAUUGUUUUCAACGUCUGUUGUAAAUUACUGAACGUUUUGUUUCGCAUGAAAAGUUUAUGUGGUACAGUAACCUUAACAAUAAUAAUUGUAGCAUUUCUGAUUUUUAACAACAACAAAAAUAAUACUCUCGCCAUCCUUUUUUAUAUACAACAAAUAAUCUCGAUUUUAUUCAGUGACCGAGAACGGUCGUAAUCAGUUAAGUUUUGUAUUUAUGUGGUAUUAAAGUGACUGACCCACACAUUUCAGACGAAAAAACUAAUUUCUCUCCAAUGUCCAUUAAAAGUGAGUGCCCUGACAUAAGAUAUCUGUAAGAUAUUCUUAUAAAUAACCAAAAUAUACUGUGCAGAAGGUAGUAAAUUGUUGCAACGCUUUUAAAGUAAUGCAGAAAAUUGACAUUCUUCUUGCAUUUUUACCAAAAUCAUUUUUUUCACUUUCACCCACUUUAUCAUUUUUCAGUGUCAUAUAUACAUUCUAUGGAAAACUUCGUGGAAAAGAACAUAUUGGAAAAACUUUCACCCGAACUGUGGGCGAGUAGUUUUAAAUGUCGAUUAUAUGUAACUACAUGUAAUUUAGGAUUUUAGGAAGAAAAGUAUUAUAAAUGCUAGAUGGUAUAUAAAUACAUGUUAUCACACACUAGAUAUUGUUGACUUUUUUGUUAAGAGUAACAUUUUACUUGACCGAGUAGAAAAAGGCUAUAUCUGACAAAGACUUGAAUGGCUUUUACCUUUUUUCGAAAGUAAACUUUUGAUUUUUUUUAUAAUUUCACCGAAUGGGGUCAGCAGUAUUGCUCUAUGGAACCUAAAUUAUGUUUGAUAAUUAUUAUGUAUUUAUUCAAAAGUGCAUGAUCCUAAUAUUUUAUCAGAUCAUUGUGUUAUUGAUUUUAAUUUCAUAUUUUAUAGGCCUAUUGUAGAAACAGAUAAUAUCUAUGAAAAUGUACCUUACAAAUACGAAAUAUGUUUGGAACAGAGAUAAAAUACAUGAUUUAUAGAAUCGAUUGACUGAAAAUGAAAACUUGUGCAAUUUAAACAUAUUUAGUAAUAGUGUUACUGACCCGACAUGUAAAACUGAUAUUGACAAUUGUAUUGCUGAACUGUCCGAUAUAUUAGAUGAAGUAGUGUCCCCUUUAUUUAAACAUAUCUUGGUAGUAGUAAUUACACCAGUGUUGAUAAUUCUAAUGUUAACAAACGGUAUAAUGCUGAUUCUGAGGAAAUGUGUAGGCUAUUUUAUGCUACUUUAAAUUUUUAUAGACAAGAUAAAUCAGAACAAAAUAGAAUAUGGUAAAUAUGCGUACAGAAUAUAAAAAUACCUUACGUAAAGCUGGAUAUGAAUAUGAUAGAAGUGAAACCCAUUCAACUAGAGAGAAAAAAAAUCAAAACUUUACUGGAAAUUGUUAAAAAGUUCUUGUGGUAUUAAGAAAAAUAAUAAAUCACUUCGCAUGUUUGAAAAUUAUUUCGGAAGUGUAAACAAUCCAAAUGAAAGUUGUUUUUUUUUUUUCAGUCCAGAUGUUUGUUUUGUUUUUGUUCUUUUUUUGUUGUUGUUGUUGUUGAACGGUAUGAAAAUAACGAAUUUAAUAUUAUAUUUGAAGAGUUAAAUACGCCUUUCACAUCAGAUGAGCUAUUAUACUCUAUUAAACAAUUGAACGCAAACAAAUCUUGUGACCCAGAUUUAUACUUAAAUGAACUCUUCAUACAUGGUAAGACUGUAUUAUCAAACUAUUUGUUGAUCCUAUUCGACAAAACUUUCGAAUGUGGUUAUUUCCCAGA